AUGGCAGGCUACGAGGCGCCGUGGAGGUCUACGUUCCUCUCACACAUCCAGCAGGCGAGCAGUCCGAUAUUCACUCUGAGCACGCUCCAUCCUCUCGAUGGGAACCAGUUUGUACCCAGAGCCAGGACAGUCGUCUUCCGAGGCAUGUGGGCUUCCUUGCCAGACAACCCUAGAAACCCUGCGCUACUCAAUCCUGCCGUUUACACCAGCGAAUUGCCCGCUAUCACGACGGAUGUGCGCAUGGAAAAGGUUCCCGAGCUUAUUGGCAGCAGACAGGAACCCUCCACAUCGGCGGAGGCUCAGUCUGCUAUUGGAGGCCCCGUUGAAGCCGUCUUUUGGAUGGAAAAGGCCAGUACGCAAUGGCGGUUCCGCGGCCGUGCUUAUGUGAUUGGUCCGGAUAUCGAGUCGGAUGCAGCUGCGCCUGUUCGAGCAGCUCUGCAGCCCUGGAUGAGGGUUGUGGAUGAAGAGCAGAAAGAUGCAUGGAGCUGGAGCAGAGAGCUUACCGCAAGCUUUGGAAACCUGAGUCCUCUGAUGAGGGGCUCAUUCCGAAAUCCACUGCCUGGCACUCCUCUGACACAGAAGCCUGAGCCAGGCCUGGAGCUGGGACAAGAGGUCAACGAUGUAAACGAUGAGCUGGCACGGAGGAACUUUCGAGUGUUGGUCAUCGUGCCAGAGGAGAUUGAUCAGAUAGAGUUGUCAGACCCAAAGAGAGGUCGGAGAUGGAGUCACAAGGCUGAAGUGUCGGAAUCUGGGAUUUCGUGGAAGACAACGGAGCUGUGGCCGUAA